AUCCGGUCCGGCAAGACCAUUGAGCUAUCCGUUUUCGACAUUUUGUCCGGCGACGUGGUCCACCUCGAGCCUGGCGAUCUACUCCCCGUGGACGGUAUCCUGAUCCAAGGCUUCGAUGUUAAAUGUGAUGAAUCGCAAGCCACGGGUGAAUCGGAUAUUAUUCGCAAGAUGGCUGGCGACGACGUUUUCAAUACCAUUGAGAAUGGGGAGAAUCUCAAGAGGGCUGAUCCUUUCAUUCAGUCGGGAGCCCGUGUGAUGGAAGGUGUUGGUACGUUUAUGGUUACAUCCACUGGUAUCUAUUCCAGCUACGGUAAAACUCUCAUGGCCCUGAACGAUGACCCUGAGAUCACCCCUCUCCAGUCCAAGCUCAACAUCAUAGCCGAAUACAUCGCCAAGUUGGGAGGUGGCGCCGGUCUGCUUCUGUUUAUCGUCCUCUUCAUCAUGUUCUUGGUUCACCUUCCCCAUAACCAGCGAUCGCCGCUCACCAAGGGUAUGGAAUUCCUGGACAUCUUCAUUGUCGUUGUCACGAUCAUUGUUGCGGUUCCGGAAGGAUUACCUCUCGCAGUCACCCUUGCUCUGGCCUUCGCGACAACCCGCAUGGUUAAGGACAACAACCUCGUUCGACACCUGAAAGCUUGUGAAGUCAUGGGAAAUGCAACCACAAUCUGUUCGGACAAGACCGGUACCUUGACCCAAAACAAGAUGCAGGUUGUAGCGGGUACGGUUGGAACCAGUCACCGUUUUGGCAGUGCGCCUAACCCCGAAUCUGGCGAAGAGAAUAACGACGCUGGUUCCAGCGAUCUCAGCGCACCAGAGUUCACCAAGGUUCUGUCCUCUGAGGUCAAGGAGCUUCUCCUCAAGUCCAUCUCUUUGAACUCGACCGCAUUUGAGGGCGAGGUGGAGGGUGUCAUGACAUUCAUCGGCUCGAAGACUGAGACUGCCAUGCUUAUUUUUGCCAAGGACCAUUUGG